AUGCAGAAUCAUUCCCGGUCUGGCGCGCGCUCUGCGAAAUCGCAGCUGCUGGCACUGGAGCUGGCUGCAUCGCCCGGGUCAACGAAUGCGCUGCCUCACUUCAGAUACGUGGGCAACCUCCACGGCAACGAGCCCACCGGCCGCGUGCUGACUCUGGCUCUGGCCGAGUACAUCUGUGAGGCCCGAGGGGAGGACCCCCAGGUAGCCCAGAUCCUGGCUGGGAUGCACCUGUGGCUGAUGCCCAGCGCCAACCCCGACGGGUUCGACCAGCGGACCCGGGAAAACAUAAACAAUGUGGACCUGAAUCGCGACUUCCCAGAUAGGUUCUCAAAGCCGCCGAGCUUGAUGCCAACUGGCAGCGAGCAAGCAGAGGUCCGGGCUCUGAUGGACUGGAGCCGCCGCAUCGGCUUCACUGCCUCGGCUGCGAUGCAUGAGGGGGCGCUGGUGGCCAACUACCCCAUGGAUGGCACGCCAGACAGGUCGACCCAGUACGCCGCCAGCCCCGACGACGGCACGUUCCGCCACCUGGCGACCAAGUACGCGCAGGCGCACACGAGGAUGGCCCUGCCCACGAACAAGGAGUUUCCGAAUGGCGGCAUCACGAAUGGCGCGGCGUGGUAUCCCAUCUACGGCAGCAUGCAGGACUGGGUCUACCUCGCGACAGGCUGCUUCGAGCUGACGGUGGAGGUGUCGGAGUCCAAGUGGCCACCCAUGGCCAGCCUGGGGGCGUUGUGGAAGGAGAACAAGGCAUCCCUCCUGGGUCUGCCCCUGCUGGCUGUGCUGGGAGGGGUGCGGGGUGUGGUGAAGGCCUCCAACCCACUACGCCAGGGCGGGAUCGACACCCCUCUCCGCGCAAACAUCACGGUGGCGGGCAUCGAGACCGUGGUGCAGAGCCGGGAGGGCACCGGCGUGUUUGCGCGGCCCCUGGCACCAGGGACUUACGAGCUGCAGGCGAGGGCACAUGGCUACACCACUGCUACCCAGCAGACCACGGUGCCCGACGACGGGACGGGCGUGGAGGUGCUCUUUGAGCUCAAGCGGGUGGCAUCCAGCGGCAGGGCCAGGCGGGCGGGCGGCGAGGAAGCCGCCGACGGCGCCGCGGCGCUCGACUCCGUGGCAGCUUGGGGUGUGAACCCGGGCGGCGCCCUCAGGGCUCCCAAGCGGCAUUCCACCAUUUCCAUGGCGGUGGGUGCCUCCUGCAUAGAGAACACCCAGAACCAGCAGCUGGCCUCCCUGCUGGCCAGCCAGAUCGCGCGUGCCGCUGCCAUCUUCAACAUAGACGAGGUCAUCGUGCUGGACGACGUUGAGCGCCCCGACCGCGACGUUCCCAGCCCCGCUGCCGCCCUGCUGGCACGCAUCCUGCAGUUCAUGGAGACGCCCCAGUACCUCAGGAAGGCGCUCAUUCCCAUGCACCCCGACCUGAAGUUUGCGGGGCUGAUGCCGCCCCUGGACGCCACCCACCACCUGCGCACGCACGAGUGGGGGACGUACCGCGAGGGCGUGGUGCGGCACAGCGCCCCCGGCGACGGCUCGGUGGUGGACAUCGGCCUGGAGCACGACGCCCUGAUCCCGGAGCAGGUGGCCCCCGGGACACGCGUCACGCUGCACGUCGGCGCAGCGCCGCAGCUCGGCCAGGUGCACGGCCAGGCGGUGCACGGCGCCAGCCUGGCAGCGCCCACCGACCCGCGCGCGAAGGAGGGGCGGGCCUGGGGCUACCUGACGCGCGUGGCGCCCUCCCUCCAGGCCCUGCUCCAGGCCUCGCCCUUCGAGGGCGGGUACGACCUGUGCGUGGGCACCAGCGAGCGCGGCGAGUGCACGCCCGCCGAGGAGCUCCAGUUCCGGCCCUACCGCCACGCGCUGCUGGUGUUCGGCGGGCCGGCGGGGCUGGAGGCCUGCCUGCGCGGCGACGCCUGGGCGGCCAAGUACCGGGAUGUGGCGCAGCUGUUUGACCGCUACGUCAACACCUGCUUCCACCAGGGCAGCCGCACCAUCCGCACGGAGGAGGCGCUGUUCAUCAGCCUCACCUUCCUGGACCCGGCGCUGCAGCGGUGCUGCAUGGACUGA